AUGUCUACCUUCGGCUUCGAAACCACUGGCCAAGAAGUUGCCUCGGCUUGCUCUGAUGCAAUUCAAGGCAAAAUCAUCCUAAUCACCGGCCCAUCUCCCUCCAGUCUUGCGGCUGAAUUUGCAAGGACAAUCGCUGUUCAUGGACCCUCUAUGAUCAUUCUCGCUUCUCGUGAUACUUCCAAGUUAGAACCAGUUGUCGCUUCGAUCAAAGAUACAGCACCUGAAGUCGUCACGCGACUGCUUACUCUUGAUUUGGCCUCUCAGGAUAAGAUUCGUGAAGCUGCAAAAGAGGUUAAUGCCUAUGAAGAUGUCCCUCAUAUCGAUGUGCUCCUUAAUAGUGCAGGUUUGAUGGCCGUGCCGUGGGGCAAAACAGUGGAGGGCAUCGAGCUACAAUUUGGAACGAACCAUGUUGGACAUUUCUUGUUUACGAAUCUGAUCAUCGGAAAGUUGAUCUCGGAAGAUGGUCACCGCACCAGUCGUGUAGUGAAUGUCUCGAGUAAUGGACAUGAGUUGUCUCGUGUGAGAUUCGAAGACUGGAACUUCGGGGAUGGUCAAUACUACAAUCGAUGGUACGCCUACGGUCAAUCUAAAUCGGCAAACAUUCUCUUCUCUCAAGCGCUCGCCGCACGAUUGGCGAACAUGGGAGUAAUUUCUGUGAGCCUGCAUCCAGGUGCUAUCGGAAGCACUAAUCUAAGUUCACACCUUGGGAAAGGUGACUGGGAAGGACUAGGUGAAAUCGCGUGCAACCUUGGCCUGCCCCAGUUUAAUGGAGGCUUCAAAUUCAAGACAGAGGAACAAGGAGUUGCAACUUACGUCUUUGCGGCAUUUCACGAUUCAAUUACCAAUGAGACAAACGGAAGAUAUUUGGAAAACAGCCAGAUUGUGGAUUUCCAGAAUUACAAAUGCUGGGCGCGGGACUCGGUCGAGGGCGAAAAAUUGUGGAAUCUAAGUGAAAGACUUGUUGGGCAAGUAUUCAAGUACUAG